AUGGUUGCCAAUUCUUAUCAAUCCACACGAAGCGCACUCUUGAUCGCAGAGAUCGUCGCACUUAUCAUUGAAAAUGUUGACACAGCCUCAGACCUCUUGGCCUGUGCCCGCGUGAAUACAUCACGCCAGCGCUUUGUCCAGAAUAUGAGCUUUGUGAAGCAUCUUCUCGUUGCUCCAGAGCAGCCAGCAUAUACUAAUUGCGGAGGCUCAUGUGGUAGGCCUAAGUGCUUUGAGAAACCCCGCAUGAUGCGUCAUCGCGAAGAGUCCAGGCUCCUUCUGCGGGCACAACCAAAGGGUAUCUCAAGUAUCAUGAUUCCAUUUGAGCUGGUGCAUCAUAAUGUGGAGUACAUCUGUGACUACCUUGGUCAAGAAAGCAUUGGAUUUCUGGCCAUUAAUAACCAUGACUGUACACACAUAGUAUGCUACAAGCAAGUUGGCGGCCCAAAUAUUGGUGGGGUGCAAUUCCCAAGAUUCAAGGAGCUGCAAAUCAUCAAGCUACUGCCGCAUCCCGACAGGAGUAUAUUUAGCAGCAGAAUCCUAGUCGAAGCGGUUGCGAAAUGCAAAAACCUACGGGCCAUCGAUAUCCCAGCCCUCCUUCUUGGUAACAUUCAUGGUAAUUAUCCGAAUAUACACUUCCUCCUGGACAUCGCGCGUGGCUGCCCGCUUUUACAAAAGCUUUCCGUGGGUUAUACCGGGGUCAGUGAGGUGAACGAACCCCUGUUAUUGGACAUAUUGAAAGCUCUUCCUCGCUUGGAGUUCUUGAAACUUGGUUCGGCGUUCCGGAUGUAUGGCACAGAGCUUCAAGACCUUGCACAGCACUGCCCGCGCCUGACUUUCCUUGAGCUGCCUUCCGCGAAUUUAUACAUCUCUCUCGCCCAACUGACGCAAACACUUCCAUUCCACCACUUGGAAAUCAUUCGCUUUGAGAAUAUAUUCCUAAAGAACCCACGACACAUACGGCGAGGGACCAAAUUCCAGACUCUUGUUACUGAGUGGAGCAGGAUAUUUCCGAAGCUUCGAACAGUGCCGUUUGUGAGUGAGUCCGAUGCACCUCCCGCCUUGAGGGAGAUACUAGAACAAGAAGGCCCUUCUGUGAGUAGUCAUGAGGAGCCACCAUCUCCAGAUUCCGAUGAGGAGGACCUCUUCUACUCUGAUUGGCACAGGGCAAUGUUACAGUUCUGCGAAGCUUUGAAUUAUCGGGAUUACGACGACGGCGUUGUUGCAAAGCUCCAAUAUAUGUGGGAGACUAAUAUGGAAAUCGAGACGUUUGGUUGGCCUGUACUCUCUUCAGGUGUGAUUAUUCAUCCAUUCUGGCACUCCACUUCCCGCGUGCGGUAUAGCCAAUAA